AUGUCCAACCGAGCUACCCCUCCUCCCCGCGGCGUGCUCGUGCCUGCCCCCACAUUCUUCAAAUCCGGGGGUGAGCUUGACCUUGAGACUCAGUGUGCCCACGCCGUCUACCUGGCCAAAUCUGGUAUUAAGGGAACUGUUGUACUGGGUAGCACCGGAGAGGGCGUUCACGUUCACCGCCGUGAACGUAUCGAGAUCAUCCGGGCAGUUCGAGAGCGUCUCAACGAUGAAGGCUUCAACGACUUCCUUGUCAUCGCUGGUACCUGCGAGCAUAACAUCGAAGAGACAGUCGAGCAGCUUCAUGACGCCAAGAAGGCCGGCGCUGCUUACGGUCAGUCGCUUGUGCCGGGAUACAACGCUGCGGACACCACUGACGACGGUCUCGUGAGCUGGUACACUGCCGUCGCCGAUAAAAGCCCUAUUCCUAUUAUGAUCUACAAUUUUCCCGGAGUUGCCAACGGCCUUCGGAUCAAGGCGGACGGCCUGUCCAGGCUCGCCCAACACCCCAACAUCGUCGGCGCCAAGCUCUCCCACGGCGACGUUUCUCUCAUCACCCAGGUUACAUGGAACCCCCAGGUCAAUCAGGAGCAAUUCCAUCUCUACACUGGCCUCGCUCAGAUCCUUACACCUUUUGUCUUCCUUGGUGGUGCUGGUGCUGUUGAUGGAACCGCUGGCUACUUCCCCAAAACCCUUGUCAGACUCUUCACGCUGGCUAGCCAGGUUCACCUGAGCGAUUCCGAGGUAGCCGAGCGGAAGAAGAUCCAGUACCGCUUCAGCUGCAUGGCUGAGUUCGUUGUCAAGCACGGUGUUCCCGGUAUUAAGGAGGCCACCAGCCGCCUUCGUGGUCUUGGCCAGAUCGGUGGAACUCGACUUCCUCUUCUCGGCGGAAUCAUCGGCGGAGAUGCAGAGUGGGCCAAGUGGGAGGAAAUUUUCAGUGCUGUUGAGGAGAUUGAAAAGUCUCUUUAG